AUGCCUCACUUCAGCUUCUUGGGAGAGACCUCGACUUCGGCCGACACUAUCAUUCAGAUGUUGAAUGAAGAUAGCCAGACUGAGCAGGACGAAAUGACAAAGAACUGGCGUGACCAUAAGCUGCAGGAAUUGAACUUCGUUGGUACACUUGGCGCUCUUCUCGCAAGUUGUCUUAGCACAACAGGUUCCUGGCCAGAUGUCCUCCCCAAUGGCCGCAACAAGCCCUGGUCAGUGCGAACCAUGUGGUUCAGCGGUCUCGUGUUUGCCCUCUUCUCUGUAGUCAUUGCAGGGGUUCAGAGCAUGAGACUGCACCGCCUAUCUGCUCAUCCCGACGGCCUCACUUUGAUCCGAAAUAGCCUUGGCCGAAGGCGGGAAUCCGAUAUCAAGACUCGACCUAGCUGGCUGCAGGUAUACGCCUGGGAAUUCAGCCUUGCGUUUCUGGUCUUGGCCAUAUUCUGCAUGGUGAUCGGCUUGACAAUUCUGAUAUGGGCUGGCACUGAGUUCGGUCCUUCGAAGCCUAGAGAGGAUGGCUGGUGGGAUGGCAACUCUAAGGAAAGUGGUGUUCUCCAUGUCACAAGGUUUUACUAA